AUGUUGUGGAAAAUAACCGAUAAUGUCAAGUAUGAAGAGGACUGCGAGGAUCGCCACGACGCGAGCAGCAACGGGACCCCGCGUAUCCCGCACCUCUCUUCGGCCGGGCAGCACCUCUACAGCCCCGCGCCGCCCCUCUCCCAUACUGGGGUCGCCGAGUACCAGCCUCCCCCGUACUUCCCGCCUCCGUACCAGCAGCUGGCGUACUCGCAGUCGGCCGACCCCUACUCGCAUCUGGGCGAAGCCUACGCCGCCGCUAUCAACCCCCUGCACCAGCCGGCGCCUACCGGCAGCCAGCAGCAGGCCUGGCCCGGCCGCCAGAGCCAGGACGGCGCGGGCCUGGCCUCGCACCACGGGCGGCCGGCCGGCCUGCUGCCCCACCUCUCCGGGCUGGAGGCGGGUGCGGUGAGCGCCCGCAGGGAUGCCUACCGUCGCUCCGACCUGCUCUUGCCCCACGCGCACGCCCUGGAGGCCGCCGGCCUGGCCGAGAACCUGGGGCUCCACGACAUGGCGCACCAGAUGGAGGAGGUGCAGAAUGUGGAGGACCAGCACCUGCUGCUGCACGAUCAGACUGUUAUUCGCAAAGGUCCUAUUUCAAUGACCAAAAACGCCCUUAGCCUCCCCUGUCAGAAGGAGCUGGUGGGAGCUGUAUUGAAUCCCACCGAAGUCUUUUGCUCGGUCCCUGGAAGAUUGUCUCUCCUCAGCUCCACAUCUAAAUAUAAAGUGACCGUGGCUGAAGUACAGAGGCGAUUGUCGCCGCCUGAAUGCUUAAAUGCCUCAUUACUAGGAGGUGUCCUCAGAAGAGCCAAAUCUAAAAAUGGAGGCCGGUCGUUGCGGGAGAAGUUGGAUAAGAUUGGAUUGAAUCUUCCGGCUGGGAGGCGGAAAGCAGCCCAUGUGACUCUCCUGACAUCCUUAGUAGAAGGUGAAGCCGUUCAUCUGGCUCGGGACUUUGCGUAUGUCUGUGAAACUGAAUUUCCUAGCAAACCAGUGGCGGAAUACUUAACCAGACCUCAUCUUGGAGGACGGAAUGACAUGGCCAGUAGGAAGAACAUGCUGCUGGCAGCACAGCAAGUGUGUAAAGAAUUCACAGAGCUUCUCAAUCAAGACCGGACACCACAUGGGAAUGGCAGGCCCACCCCGGUCUUGGAGCCAAACAUACAGAACUGCUUGUCUCAUUUCAGCCUGAUUACCCACGGGUUUGGCAGCCUGGCCAUCUGCGCCGCAGUAUCUGCAGUGCAGAACUACAUCAAAGAAGCCCUGAUAGUCAUAGACAAAUCCUAUAUGAACCCCGGAGACCAGAGUCCAGCUGAUUCUAACAAAACCCUGGAGAAAAUGGAGAAACACAGGAAAUAAAACAGUGAUGAACAAAGGGUCAGAGUUGGGAAGGAAAAGGACUGCAAAAUCCUCUGGACCCGUACAGACCUGGGAACCCCUCUUGCCUGGGGGAGGAGUUUAUCUACCUUACUGUUAAAAAGGCCUCCAUCGAUUUCUGGAUGGGCAGUAAUCUUGACAUACCCUCUUGGAUUCCUUAGUUGUUUCUCUAGCGCUGAAGUAUCUCCUAAGUUUGGACGUAUUAUCAGAAGGUGACAAGUACUGGUUCUUUAUUCAUUAAGCUUUUAUUUUAUUUUAUUUUUUGUUUGCUUGUUUUUUAUUGGAUGAUCACAGCACAUUUUAUUUUUUUUGAACCCCAUUCUUUCUUUCUCUGAAAGUGGUGCUACAAGUUUUAGAACCUUUUAAAUAAAUUCCCUUGGCUAACAAAAUCCCCCCCCCCCCCACACACACUUAGCUGUUGAAAUGUCAAAUUGAUGUGAUUCAGAUUGAUAGGUCAACAAUCUCUUAUUUUCCAGUGUUAAAGUAAUGCCUGGUUUUUGUGUCCACUAAAUAUUUGUCUUUAAGAAAAGUAUUUAUGUAGCUUCUUUAGAGAUCACAUCCUUCAGUGGGAGGCAAAGGAUCUAUCAGUUUAGGAACUAGUUAAUAGGUGGUAUCUUACACACUUUAAACCUCAUGUUCAAAGGGGGCCUUCUGGUUUUUGGAAACUUCUAGAAACAAAGCCUGCUGACGAUUUUUUUCUUUUAUCUUUUUUUUUAAUUUUGAAAGUUAACUCUUUAAGUAGGAGACUCUUUGAGAUGACAUUUUCUUUAAGGUACUGAAGCUUUAUUUGCAUAUUUAUUUCAGAUCCUGAUUUUUCGAGUAAACUUGAAAAGGGUAGGCACGAAGCAUAUUCUUGCUGUCUGUCCUUCCCAAGUCCCCGUGGAGGCUCUGUAUUUUGAGAAACAGUGUGUUGAGUGUAUAGAUUUUAUUUAUGCAUAAUUUAAUGGGGUCUGUAAAUACUGGUGCACUUCUUACAACUUUUUGAGAAAUGGGAUUCGAUUUUAAUAUUAACUUUUAAUGGUGAUGGGGUAAUCUAUAACACAUCUUUAGGUUUUAUUCAUAUGUACACAGGGUAUUAAAAAUUGAGAGUAUACUGGGCUGUGUUCUUGUCUUGGAAGAUUCUAUUUAAUUGAAGCUCUCUGUUCAGAAAGCAAUAACUUCAUGUUUCAUUCCUGUUGGGCUGAACCCUACAAUGAGUGUAUGGUACAGUGUGUGGGUGAAAUGGAGAUUUGGAAUUGAGCUCCAUGCCUGUAAAUGUUCUUAAAAUAAUUAUUGUGUGUAUGAUACCUGUAUAAUAAAAGUAUUCUCGAUAGAAAAUUCUUUUUCUGGUUAUAACCUGAAA